AUGGAAGAUAAUAAUAACAGAUUAAAUUAUAUUGAAAAUGAAAAAAAUGACUUAUUAAAUUGCGACAAUAAUGACAAUGAAGAUAUAAAAUUAUUAAAUAAUGAAAAAGGUUUAAGUUAUGAUGAUUUGGAAGCAUUUAAUUCUAUUCAAUUAAAUCAAGAAACUGAAGUAUUAGCUACGCCAUUUCGAUCUCAUGAAAUUAAUAUGAAAAAUGAUAUUCCGUUAUGUGCUCAAGAAUUUUCUGAUUUAACAGAUCCAUUAUAUAUUAAAAAAAUGUGUUUAGAAAAGGUCACAGAAUGGAAUGAAUUUACUGAAAGGGAUAUAUAUGUUAAACAAAUAUUAAGUGGAUUAACAAAUCAAUUAUUUGAAGUAGGAUUAAAAGAAAUUUCGGCUAAUAAAAAUCCAUCAAUAAGAAAACAUAUUUUAUUUAGAAUAUAUGGAAAAGAUGUUGCUGAAUUAUAUAACACAGACUUAGAGGUUGAAGUAUAUAAAACGAUGAGUAAAUAUAAAAUAUCUCCAAAACUAUUAAACACAUUUUCCGGUGGCCGUAUAGAAGAAUGGCUAUAUGGAAAUCCUUUAAAAAAUGCGGAUUUACAAAACUCAAAAAUAUUAAUUGCUAUUGCUAAUAUGUUAGGUAAAUUUCAUACAUUAGCUAUUAAAAAAAAUUUACCAAUCCAUUGGGAUAAAACACCAUGCAUUUACAAAAGAAUAAAGGAAUGGAAAACACAACUUUCUAAAAUGAAAAGCUUAGAUAAAUUUAAAGGUGAUAUAAAUAAAUAUUAUCAAGAAUCUGAUAAAUUUAUGAAAUUUAUGAAUACAUAUACAAAAACAGAUAAUAUUAAUAAUCAUAUAACUUUUUGUCAUAACGAUUUACAAGAAAAUAAUAUUAUAAAUACAAACAAUUGUUUACGAUUAAUUGAUUUUGAAUAUGCUGGAUAUAAUUUUACAGCUACAGAUAUAGCAAUAUUUUUUAUUGAAACAUCUAUUGAUUAUUCUACAGACACUUAUCCUUUUUAUGAAAUAAAUAAAAAUAAAUAUUUAUCAUAUGAAAAGAGAAAGAUGUUUAUUAAUGAAUAUUUAUCAGUUUAUUUAGGAAAGUUACAAAUACCCUACGAUCAAAAAAUGGCCGACUCAUUUUUAGAUGCAAUUGAAAUUCACGCAUUAGGUGCUAACUUAUUAUGGGGAUUCUGGUCGAUUAUUCGAGGUUAUCAAGUAAAAUGUUAUAAUGAAUUCGAUUUUUUCCUAUAUGCACAAGACCGAUUUAAAUUGUAUGAUGAACAAAAGGCAUAUUUACUUUCAAAAAAUCUUAUUCCAGACUAUGAUUAA